AUGUCACGGCCAGGCCAAGGUGUGAUGGUGCCGGUGAACGGGCUGGGCUUUCCGCCGCAGAACGUGGCCCGGGUGGUGGUGUGGGAGUGGCUCAAUGAACACAGCCGCUGGCGACCCUACACGGCUACCGUGUGCCACCACAUCGAGAAUGUUCUUAAGGAGGAUGCCCGGGGCUCCGUGGUCCUGGGCCAGGUGGACGCCCAGCUGGUGCCCUACAUCAUUGACCUACAAUCCAUGCAUCAGUUCCGUCAAGACACAGGCACCAUGCGGCCAGUGCGACGCAACUUCUACGACCCGUCGUCAGCACCGGGCAAGGGCAUCGUGUGGGAGUGGGAAAACGACGGCGGCGCGUGGACGGCCUACGACAUGGACAUCUGCAUCACCAUCCAGAAUGCGUACGAGAAGCAGCACCCGUGGCUCGACCUCUCGUCUCUCGGCUUCUGCUACCUCAUCUACUUCAACAGCAUGUCCCAGAUGAAAGACAGUAGUAUUUCCCAACUUACACGUGUCCUGAAUUCUUCCAAGGUUCCGGCGCUCCCUGUGAAGAACUUGAAUGGCACCGGCCCUGUCCACCCAGCACUGGCAGGGAUGACUGGGAUCCUGCUGUGUGCUGCUGGGCUGCCAGUGUGCCUGACUCGAGCCCCCAAACCCAUCCUGCACCCGCCCCCUGUGAGCAAGAGUGACGUGAAGCCCGUGCCCGGAGUGCCCGGCGUGUGCCGCAAGACCAAGAAAAAGCACCUCAAGAAAAGUAAGAACCCCGAGGAUGUGGUUCGAAGGUACAUGCAAAAGGUGAAAAACCCACCUGAUGAGGACUGUACCAUCUGCAUGGAGCGGCUGGUCACAGCAUCUGGCUAUGAGGGUGUACUCCGGAACAAGAGUGUGCGGCCUGAACUUGUGGGCCGCCUGGGCCGCUGUGGCCACAUGUACCACCUGCUCUGCCUGGUGGCCAUGUACUCCAAUGGCAACAAGGAUGGCAGCCUGCAGUGCCCCACCUGCAAAGCCAUCUAUGGGGAGAAGACAGGGACACAGCCACCAGGGAAGAUGGAGUUUCAUGUCAUCCCGCACUCGCUGCCUGGCUUUGCAGACACCCAGACCAUUCGCAUUGUCUAUGACAUCCCCACGGGCAUCCAGGGCCCUGAACACCCCAACCCAGGGAAGAAGUUCACCGCGAGGGGCUUUCCUCGUCACUGCUACCUACCCAACAAUGAAAAGGGCCGGAAGGUACUGCGGCUGCUCAUCACUGCCUGGGAGCGCAGACUCAUCUUCACCAUUGGAACGUCCAAUACCACGGGCGAGUCAGACACCGUGGUGUGGAAUGAGAUCCACCACAAGACAGAGUUCGGUUCCAACCUCACUGGCCAUGGCUACCCCGAUGCCAGCUACCUAGACAACGUGCUGGCUGAGCUCACCGCCCAGGGUGUAUCUGAGUCCAUGGCCAAGGCCUGA